CUUCAACUUAAGUUUACAUCUUACGUUUACAGUUACAGCGACUUGUGUUGAAAAUCCUAAUUUUCUCGAUGAAGUCUGAGCUUUAUAAAGGUUGCUUUCUAGCAUGAGACACAAGUUUAGUUAUAGUUGUUUUUCAGCAAAAUACACAGAUCCAGUUAUCAUUUGUCCUUAUUUUGCAUCUAAAGGAAAGAGCAAUGAUAUAACUAGACUUAUGUCAGCUUGUAUCUCUUGCUGGAAAAUAACAAAAAGGAUGAAAUUUGGAAAUUUGAAUCUGUUCUACUAAUGUGAAUUCAUGAAAAAUAAUAAUUUUUCAACUUGAAAGCGGGGGGUCAUUUUUAAGUGUUUUUUAUUUCACAAAUUCACGCUAGAGGAAAAGAUUCAUGAUCGCCUCCACGAGCAUAAGUACACCUAGGUGGCGCUUUUCUUCGUCUUUCGCUGGAACGUUGCCAAAACACGAGUUUCGUUGCCGUCUAUCGAAACCUCGUUAUCAACGGCGUUUCCUGUUGGCACUAUCGAAAAGUGGGUGUUGCUCUUGUCACUCGUCUGCUCGCGGUUGCACGCAACGUAGCGAGGGUGGCGCAGGGCGGAUACGUAAGGUGAAAUUGUAGUGAGGAUCUCGGCGAUCGUCGCGAGGAGUCAUGCGUAAGUUGAUUUCGGCUUAAGCGACUGAUACUACCCUCUGUCAAAAUGAUAGGGGGUCUGUUUGUUUACAAUCACAAGGGCGAAGUACUGAUCUCCCGAGUGUAUCGGGAUGAUAUUGGCCGGAAUGCGGUGGAUGCGUUUCGUGUUAAUGUCAUUCAUGCACGGCAACAAGUACGAUCGCCCGUGACCAACAUCGCCAGAACAUCGUUUUUCCAUAUAAAACGCGCCAACAUCUGGCUGGCUGCUGUCACCAAGCAAAAUGUCAAUGCUGCCAUGGUGUUCGAGUUGCUGCUUAAAAUCAUAGAUGUUAUGCAGUCGUACUUUGGCAAGAUUUCGGAGGAAAACAUCAAGAACAACUUUGUGCUCAUUUACGAACUGCUGGAUGAAAUUCUCGACUUUGGAUAUCCACAGAACUGUGAUACGGGAGUACUGAAGACGUUCAUCACCCAACAGGGCGUCAAGUCGGCCACGAAGGAAGAACAGGCUCAAAUAACAUCGCAGGUCACCGGCCAGAUCGGGUGGCGGCGGGAGGGCAUCAAGUACAGACGCAACGAACUCUUCCUGGAUGUACUCGAAUACGUGAAUCUCCUAAUGAGCCCUCAGGGCCAGGUUCUUAGCGCGCAUGUAGCUGGAAAGGUCGUGAUGAAGUCGUACUUGUCGGGAAUGCCAGAGUGCAAGUUCGGCAUUAACGACAAGAUCGUCAUGGAGGCGAAGGGCAUGAAAGGAGGCGGCGCAUUGGGAGGCGGUGGUGACGACCCCACGGGCGCCAGGUCCGGCAAGCCGGUCGUCGUCAUCGAUGACUGCCAAUUCCAUCAGUGCGUUAAGCUUAGCAAAUUCGAGACCGAACAUUCCAUUAGUUUUAUACCGCCAGAUGGUGAAUUCGAGUUGAUGAGAUAUCGCACUACGAAGGAUAUAUCGUUGCCCUUCCGUGUGAUACCGUUGGUGCGCGAGGUGGGUCGAACGAAGAUGGAGGUGAAGGCAGUGCUGAAGUCGAAUUUCAAGCCGUCGUUGCUCGGCCAGAAGAUCGAAGUGCGCGUACCGACGCCGUUGAACACCGCCGGCGUGCAGUUGAUAUGCCUGAAGGGUAAAGCGAAGUAUAAGGCGUCUGAGAACGCGAUCGUGUGGAAAAUCAAGCGCAUGGCCGGUAUGAAGGAGACGCAGCUGUCCGCCGAGAUCGACCUGCUAGAGACUGACACGAAGAAGAAAUGGACGAGGCCGCCGAUAUCGAUGAAUUUCGAGGUGCCGUUCGCGCCGUCCGGCUUUAAAGUACGUUAUUUGAAAGUGUUCGAGUCCAAGCUGAAUUACUCCGACCACGACGUGAUCAAAUGGGUCCGCUACAUUGGACGCAGCGGCCUGUACGAAACGCGGUGUUAACGGACCAGCUUGCCGAACGCAUAAAUAAUUGUAAAGAAGUAAUCUCAAUAUGAUAAAAAAGAAAGAAAGAAAGAAAGAAAAAAAAGAACAAAACACAUGAAACACUAUGAAUAAUCGAAUAUCGAGUAUUUGUCGAUAUUAUUUCAUUGCAGCGCAUAAAUACGAAGCGACGAUCUGAAACAUUCGGAUGACUCGAUCCUCACCGGACGCGUGCAUCAAGUAGCGCAACUUACGAGCUACGUCAUUUGAGGAGGAAUUAUCCGUGAUGAUCGACACGGAAACAGUAGUAGAACGGCCGCAGGACAUUUUGCUUCUCGUACGUUAUACAUCGUGCUAGUGAGAGCGAAGUUUCUGUUUAAAUUGUCCUCGUUCCACGCUACCAAUGUGAUACGCCGGGAGAAACCCGCUGAGUGGAAAAUAAAAAAAUGGCCUCCAGCUUGCCUGAGGAGGGGGAAUGUUGUUGAGCGAGUCAACGUGGUAAUCGGAGGAUUAAACCAGGGUGAUUAUUUCUUUCGUGCCAAUUUUUCAUGUCGUCCACUGCUUUUCUCUCGUGUUGAGUCUCGCGAUCCAGUUCCGCGCGGUGUCGCUUCGUGCAAACUCUGGUUUGUACGAGGAUCUUGAUGAUGUUUUCGAAAUUCUUUUCCCCGACGAGCAGAUAAUGCCGAUCAGGCUACGCUGUCUAUCAUUGAAUCGUGUCUUUACCUCUUUCUUCCGAAGCUGUUUCCGAAUUAGGUUUUUAUCGACUUUCCGUUUUCCGUGCACGCGAAGGGCCGAUGUGAUCAGUGAAAUUUACAUUAUACGGAAUAAUAUAUCGCAAGUAACAAUUGCAUUAGCAUUAAUUCCGGGGCGGACAAUUGCCGGCUCUUGAUUUGCCUUUGGAAUUAGCAAAGCCACUACAAUGUUACAAUCUACGUUCACGAGAUAAACGUAAUUGUAAGUUUAUACGUUACUAUACUAUGUAAUGUGUUUUCUUUUUUUUUAUUAUUAUUAUAUCAUGAUAUAAUGAAUUUCUGUAUUAAAACAUUGAUAUAUACAUA